AUGGUGGACCAAAACUUUGCCGUGAACCGCGGGUUUCGGUCCGAAACGAUGGAGCAAGGGAGGCCGAAGCGACAGAAAACGUGGUCGAAAAUGAGGCGACGUGUCCCGGACGGAGACGGCAAUAACGUAUUUCGACGCGCGGUCGACACAAGCCAUAAUAAUGGCGUUGCCGCGGGCGUCGCGCGGCAGGCCAAACAUGAAAUCCAAGCUGACGGACGACUAAAGUUCGUGGGGAAUAGGCAAGGGUUAGAGCGGUGCCCGAGAGGAGGCGGUGAUCUUUGUGCGCUCGAAGUCGCAGUUAGCGACGUAGCGCACAACGGAUUUGUACAUGCGGGGCCAACAGUAAGAACGCGCCAAGACCGCGUGCAUUUUGUCGAGGCCAAAAUGGUCCCCACUGGGGGAGUCGUGGUACGACCGAAGGAGGGUGAGGCACAGCUGCGCGUCGCCGGGCACGACAAUGCAAGGGGGCGAGUCCGUGGUGGGUAG